AUGGAUUACUCUAAGAAACAAUAUUGCAAAAUCAAAAAUGAGUUAAGACAAUAAAUUAUUCACAAGAUUCUAAAUGAAAAAAAAACCAUAAUGGAAGUAUUCUACUUUUAAUGAUUUAGGUGGCAUAAGAGUACAAUAUCUUAUAAUCUACUUGUAAAUCGAUAAUAAACACGUUUUAGAGAGAGGGUAGAGUGGGUAAAAAGCCAAGUAGAAUCAGAAAGGUUCGAAAAGUAAUAAGGACAUACGAAAUUGUAUUAAAUCCACUAUAUCCUUCGAUGUCAACAAUUCUUUCAUCAUAAAAAACAGAAAAUUGUAUAGAAAAUUCAAAUAUAGGAUAAAAAGAAAAAACUAAUUAAAACGAGAAAUUUACUGAAGAAAAGGAGCUAAAAAAUUUCUGUCUAAUUUAAAAAUGGUGUGAAGAGAUUCAAAAAUAAGUAAUUUUACUAUCUAAUUCAAAUUAAUUCUUUCAAAGUCCAAUGAAUUUGACACAGAUAUGA